AGGUAACCAUUUUAUAGGCAUUUACCAAGUUAUAAUCGUAAUUUGUCACUUGGUUAAAUUCAAGGCAAUAAAAUGUCAGAUCAAAUCCUUGCCAUCCUUCCUACUUCUGGUACUUCUGCAAACAAACUUAUACAAGACUUGCAGGAGACUGAAAACAUAAAGGAACACAUAAAUGGAGAAACUUAUACAUGGAGUUUAUCGAAUAAAUAUUAUAUGGCGGAUGUGGAGGUUCAGGUGGUGAAGUCACAAAAUCUGAUCAGUGAAGACUUCGCAAGAAAACUAGAGGCUGUUAUCCUUUUGUUCGAUGCAAAAAAGACAAGUGACAGUCUCACUGCCAUGAAAUCGUGGCUUCCAUUCAUCCAGACAUGGGAGUGUGAUAUCAAGCUUGCUGUCUGUGCAAGAUGUUGCUCUGUUGGUGAAGAAGAUGGAGAAUUUAUAAAAAGAGAAGAAGUUCAGCUCUGGUGUAUUGAUAACGGGUUUGAACUUGUUGAACUUGACCCUGUGUUAGAAGAUUAUGAUGAAUAUGAAGAUUAUGGAAUAACUCGUAUUAGAAGAGCAAUUGGUGCUCACACGUGGACACACAUGAAGUUAAAAGAGAAUGAACCAAAAAAGAUACAAGGCGAACCGAAAACUGAAAAGAAAGACAAAGACGUUGCAGAACCUGCCGUGAACUCCCUUAGUAUGGAAGAACAAAUUGAUGCCAUGUUGUCUAAUUCAAAUGAUGAUGAUCAAGACGAUGCAGAUUUUGAAGCCUUGUUCCAGAAGAUGCAUCUGUUUAAACAAUCUGCGAUGUCUAUGCCAGAAAAUUCACGGAAAGAAUAUGCGGAAAAAGUUGUCUCAGCAUUCUGGAAAGCCAUUGGUGGAGAUGAAGAAGAGCUUUCAGCCAAUGAGGAUGGAUGAAACAGAAUUUAAAUUUUACCACCACGAAUGGUUAUGAUGUCGCUUUCCGAGUCAUAUGAGGGAUGCAAUUGAACUGGAUCAUUGUGGCCCAUCAGUGCAAUCUUAUUUUACAUUAUAUAUUAUAUGAAAUUAAAUACAUUAACAACAAAUAAA